AUUGUACACGCCAUUUAAAAAGCAGCUAUAAGCGAUAUGUUUACCAGACAAUGACAAUCUGAAAACUACGUGACAAGAUACACUUUCAUUUAUCCACCUGCUUUCCAGCCCUCUGAAUAAGCCCGACUUCUGGCGCAUGUGUUUGGGGAAGCACCACAUGAACUCCUCCAUGGACGUUCCCUCAGAACAGCGAUGCUAUAAGGUGGAUGGUAUCGUCCGCCACAAGGGGUUCGUCUACGAGCAAGAUCGCACCGACAUCGCCAAUGACAUAGCCCUGGUGCAUUUGGCCGAGCCUGUCAACAUGACGAGGGAGAUCAGCCCCGUCUGUCUGCCCACAGCUGGGGCCGUGAAGCCUGCUGGGACGCUCUGCUUUGUCACCGGCUGGGGAGACGAGAAAGGUAACCUGUUCCCCAAAGUGUCAAAGUGGCUAAACCAGGCAGCCCUUCCUAUUGUUGACUUCCAGACCUGCAGUAAGCCUGCUUACUGGUGGGACACCCUCCGACCCUCGAUGAUCUGUGCUGGUUAUGAGUCCCCAGAUGAGCUCAAGUCAGCCUGCCAGGGUGACUCCGGAGGUCCUUUUGCUUGUCCGGUGGCUGGACCCAACACAACCUGGGAGGUGCAUGGUGUCGUCAGCUUUGGAGCUCAGGGCUGCAUCAAAGACAAGAAACCCUCAGUGUUCACCCGCGUGUCUGCCUUCAAUGAUUGGAUCAACGACAACAUGAAGAAGUUUAUAUAUGAAAGUGGCAAAACCAAAUAA